UGUAUGUAUGAAGACGCCAGAUCCACUGGAACUUGAGUUACAGACAGCUGUGCGCUGCCAUGUGGGUGCUGGGAACUGAACCUGGGUUCUCUGGGAGAGCAGCCAGUGCUCUUAAUGUUAUUUAUUUGUCGGUGUUAUUUACUGGGCUCAAGAAAACACGAGGUACAACCCAGUAUAAGAACCCAGUGUAAGAGUUUUUAUUAGGGAAGGGAAAGGGUGGAGGUGGGUAGGCCUACAGAAAAAGGAAGGUGGGGGGGGAGAGGGAAGGAGAGAGAGGGGGACGGGAGCAGGAAGAGGUGCUCUUACAGGUCACCUCGUGCAUACAUAUGUGGGCCUAAGUAGCUACGCCAUGAGUAUAGAUUAUGUGACCACACUGCACACUGAUUACAGAGGACCUAAGGCCCUGGAGUGACUAAGCUUUUUGCCUGACUGCUGACAGCGCAUGUGCAGUCCAUGUGACUCCAGAAGUGGCUAGUCAUAAUAACACUUAACGACUGAGCCACCUCUCCAGCCCCUAGAAGAUUUUUUUUAAGAGCAGGCUGGCCUCAAACUCAGAGAUCCACCUACCUCUACCUCUGGAGUGUUGGGAUUAAAAGGGGUGUGCUCCCAAGCCUAGCUGAAUUUUUAGAAGAAUUUAAGAGUAUGGUUACAUGUAUAGCUAUCCUGAACUGGGAUGCAUUAGGUAAUAAGUUCCCUGUCAUUGGAAGCAAUCAAAAUAACCCAGAUGGCUAAAAGGGAGGUGGUUUGAAAAGGGUUGAAUCUGGGCAUGGAAAGACGGCUCAUUGAUUAAUAACAAGAACUGCUUGCAGAGGACCCAAGUUCAGUUCCCAGCACCCACUUUGGGUGGCUCAGGACCAUUUAUAACUCCAGCUUCGGGAAAUCCAGCAUUCUCUUCUGGUUUCCAUAGGCACCUGCACUCACUAGUACAUACCACCUCCCCACACACAUGCACAAUUACAAAUUUAAAAUAAACCUUUUAUUUGUUUAAAAAGAGUUAAAUGAUAUAUAAUGUCCCAUCUCAAAAUAGAUUUUGUGAUGAAGACCUGUAACGCCAGUCCUCAGGAUGGUAAGGCAGGAGGAUCACAAGGUUGAGGCCAGCCUGGGCUACACUGAUAAACUUUAUCUUAAUAAAUAAAUAAACCUGGGCAGUGGUGGCACACAUCUUUAAUUCCAGCACCUGGGAGGCAGAGGCAGGGGGAUCUCUGUGAGUUUGAGGCCAGCCUGGUCUACAAAGUGCGUCCCAGAACAGCUAGGGUGGUUACACAAAGAAACGCUGUUUCAAGAAACCAAACAACAACAACAACAAAAAACAAAACAAAACAAAAAACAAGGUGAGGGUCUGGAAAGAUGACUCAACCGUUAAGAGCAUUUACUCUCUUCCAGAGGAUCUAAAUUCGGUUUUCAGGACCCACAUCGGGUGGCUUACAAACAUCUAUAAUUCUAAUUCCUGGGGAUCCGAUGCCCGCCCCCACCCCUACAUAUACACUCAAUACUUUGUUUUCAACCACAAAAUUCUCUGGAAUGUUCUUCAGGUACUGCACAGCCUCAUAGAAGACAAGAUAAGAGGAAUUCAGGAGACACCUAUGAAGAGCCCAGGCCCAUGGACCAUGAAGACCGUCUCUUUGAGUUCCAUUGUUCUCCUGGCCUUCUUCCUCGGUAUCCACCUUGGAGCUGCCGCACAAGAAAGCGACAAGCCUUGCUGCCUCUAUUACAGCCACCAUGUGAUCCCGUGGAACUGGGUGCACUCCUAUGAGCUCGCCAAAGGCAGCUGUCCCCAAGAUCUCAUGGUAUUCACUACAAAAAGAGGUAAAUUCUGUGUGCAACCAAAGGCCAAGUGGGUGCAGACAUACAUUUCUUUGUUGGAAGCCCAGAAGCAUCUGUGACCCUGCUGGAUUUUCAGCCCAAGGAUCCUCGACUGCAGUUCUUGGCUCCUUUGCCCUCGCGGAGCCGGAUGAAUCCCUUUAGAGGGUUC